CGCAAACAGCUGUAAACUGCAGCUCUUCUCCCCCCGCUCGGUUCCCACUGCGAUUCCACCCAAAACGCCAAAGGCUCUGCGCUUUCUGCCCCCCUCCGCCUCCGAGAUCUCAUCCAUGGCGGAGGCCUCGGCGUCCCGCUCUCGGAUCUAAUCCCCCCUCACAGCCAUUGCGGGAUCUGUGGCCGGCGCCCCGACAGCUGCACGGGUCGCGGCGGCCAACCCGGUUCGUUGCGUUGCAAGAUUUGCUUUGCCUCUGCGUGUCCUGGGUCGGUGGCGGGUAGUGGGUUUACUUCUCCCUGGUCCGUUCAUGGUUCCUUGAAAUGGGUGUCUGACGCGAGGGGGGUCGGCGCUACGGACUGUUUGCUGCGGCCAUGUGGAAGCAGUUCCUUGGUAAGCUCUCGGGGAAGUCGCCGAAAUCCGGCGGAGGCGGGGGCUGGGGAUCUCCACCGCCCAAGUCCCCAACGUCGUAUGACGUGAAUGGGAGGCAGUGGGACUCUAUGCGGGCGUCUCCUCCACUCGCGGCUAUCGCCGGAGCGGAGGGAGAGACAAGGGAGGACGUGUUCCUCCGGAAGCUCAACGUCUGCUGCGUGUUGUUCGACUUCUCCAACGACCGGGGCCGAGACUCUCCGGAGAGGGAGCGAAAGCGGCAGGUGCUCAUGUCUCUCGUCGACUGCCUCGGCACGGCGGAGGAGCCCCUCACGGAGGCGAUGGUUUCGGCCUGUGUGCGUAUGUUCGCCAUCAACCUGUUCAGGGUCUUCCCGCCCAAGGUCCGGCCAGGCACGGGGGCAGCUGCCGAGGCUGACGAGGACGAUCCAUUCUUUGACCCCUCAUGGUACCACUUACAGGUCGUGUACGAGCUGCUCCUCCGGUUCGUCACCUCUCCGGUAGUUGAUGUGAAGGUGGCUCGCAAGUACUUGGACAAUUCGUUCAUCUCUAGGCUGCUUGAUUUGUUAGAUUCUGAUGAUCCUAGAGAAAGAGAUUGCUUGAAGACAGUAUUGCAUAGGAUAUAUGGAAAAUUCAUGGGUAAUCGGCCCUUCAUCCGCAAGGCUGUGAGCAAUAUCUUCUAUAGGUUUGUAUCCGAUGCUGAUCGUCACAAUGGGAUUGGCGAACUCUUGGAGGUGUUUGGGAGUGUGAUUAGUGGGUUUGCGAAACCAUUGAAGGAGGAGCAUAAAUUAUUUCUGUGGAAGGCAUUGAUUCCUCUUCAUAAACCGAAGACAGUGGGCAUGUAUCUGCCACAGUUGACAUACUGCAUUACACAGUUUAUUGACAAGGAACCAAAGCUCUCAGGGACUGUGAUCAGAGGCCUGUUGAAGUACUGGCCAGUGACGAACAGUCAGAAGGAGAUGAUGUUCUUGGGGGAGUUGGAGGAGGUGCUGGAAUUGACAGAAAUGCCUGAGUUCCAGAAGUGCAUGGUCCCAUUGUUUCGGAGGGUUGCACACUGCUUGAAUAGCUCUCAUUUUCAGGUUGCUGAAAGAGCCUUAUUCCUGUGGAACAACGAGCACUUGUUCGGUUUGAUCUCUCAAAACCACCAAGUUAUCUUGCCAAUCAUAUAUCCAGCUCUUGAAAGGAAUGCUCGUUUGCAUUGGAACCAAUCGGUUCUUAAUAUUACAAUGAAUGUCAGGAAAAUGUUCUUUGACAUGGAUCAGAAGCUGCUGUUGGCUUGUCAGAAAAAUUUGCAAGAGGAGGAAGAGAAGCAAGCCGCAUCUGAGGAGCGGAGAAGGCUUAUAUGGGAGCACCUUGAGAGGAAUGCUGCAUUCCAUCCAGUAACCAGAGACAUCAGCUUUGCUGCUUUUCCUAAACCCGCUCCUCUGGUAGCUCCCACUAUGACAUAAUAUGUAUGUGUUCAAAUGGACUUCAUUCCACUCGAUUUAUAGCACUAUGGAUGUUGUGCAGGGUAUUUUGUCAACCCCCCCCCCUUCCCCGGCCCUCAUUUGAAAGUCUGUAAUUAAUACCAGUUUCUUAUCUGAGGACGAACCUUGAUUCUUUCAUGGUGUACUAUCAAGUGAUGGACAUUUCUUUCUUUGACAAGAUAAUGCCCAAUUCUAGUCGAUUGUUCUGUGAAA